CUGUGUAGCAGUCAACCUUGCAAAAUCUGGUGAUGGAAUCCGCUCCGUUCCUGGCAUCCUGCGCACACAGAGAACUCCUGUGAGAAAACACUCUUGGGCACAAAGUUACGGCGUCCACUUCAUAUAUGUAAAAUAAUUGGAAUAUAAAACGCCAUUGCAUAUCAGAUGGCUUAGCAAUCUGUAGUCCACGUUGCAGCCCGGAAUAUUAAAAAAGCAACGCGCGCAGCCACGCCUGCUGACCAAGGAGUAAACAAACAGCAAGACGUGUACAGAGCGGAAAAAGAAAAACACUUGUCAAGGUACUGCAGCCGCAACGAAACAGAUUGUGUACCACUCAGUCACCCAUCCGAGUUUAGCCAACUUUAGAAUUUUAAGGUUAGAACGACUGUCUCUACUGGUAAUUUUUUUUUCCACAACUGCCAUUUUUGCAUACAAGUAACCCAACUUUGACAUACUAGUAGGACGAACUCCUAGUGAGGGAGAUGUUCGUGUACAUCGUCGCCGUGCUGGCCCUGUGGUUUGUCCACAGGUGGUUCAAGGAGUUGAAACGCGUGGCAAACAAGGGAGACAAACAUGUCUAUAUCACUGGCUGCGAUAGCGGCUUCGGGCAUCUCCUGGCCAAACAUCUGGAUAAGCUGGGCUUCUGCGUGAUCGCCGGCUGUUAUACCGAGAAGGGCGAAGAUGAGCUGAAGAAGGCCUCCUCUGACCGACUGACCACUCUUCAUGUGGACGUCACUGACUCUGCCAGUGUUGCACAAGCCGCUGCUCUCAUUGACGCUCUUGUCGGGCAGAAAGGACUGUGGGCCGUGGUCAACAACGCAGGCAUCGGUGUGCCAUCGGCCCCCACAGACUGGCUCACGAUUGAAGACUUCAAGAGCAUGCUGGAUGUCAAUCUGAUGGGCGUGAUCGACGUGACCCUGAGCGUCCUCCCUCUCAUCAAGAAGGCUCGAGGCAGGGUGGUGAACGUGGCCAGCGUAUUCGGGAGGCUCAGCCCGUUCGGCGGCCCGUACUGCGUGUCCAAAUACGGCGUGGAGGCCUUCAACGACAGCUUGCGUUUGAACUUGGCGCCAUUUGGAGUCAAGGUUUUGUGCAUCGAGCCUGGCUUCUUCAAAACAAACAUCACCAACACGGAGGCGCUGGAAAAUAACCUGAUGAAACUUUGGGACCGAUUGCCUCAGGAUGUCAAAGAUGACUAUGGGCCAGACUUUUUGGAAUGCUCAUUUAAAGAGAUAUCGCAAAAAUUCAAAGCGCUGACCGACAGCGACCUGAUGAAGGUGGUCGGCUGCAUGGAGCACGCCGUGGCCGCCAUCCACCCUCGCACCCGCUACUCGCCCGGAUGGGAUGCCAAGUUCAUCUGGCUGCCUCUGUCCUACAUGCCCACCUUCGUCACCGACAGUUUCUUCCUCAAAAACAGCCCCAGGAUUAAAGCGUCCGUGCUGUAAAAUACGACGCGAGUCCUUUCCACGUGGCGUUACCACUUUUAUUUGAAUACUUUAGCAUUGCGAUAUAGUCAAACUCAAGCCAGCGGUGAAAAUAAUCUUGACGGCCAUGCAUAUGAACGGCUGACAUAAUCUUGUCUGGUAGCCGUUAGUCGCAAUAUUGUGUCCUUAAAGUCAAUGCAAAUGCAAUAAUAUCGCUUAUGUAAGCGCAGACAGCUGACCUCUCAUCCAGAGUCUGGAUCUUGGGCUGCUUUGCACGAGAUUAAUAUUCAACUGUUGUUAUUGGACUUUGACCUGACGUGACUUGGGACCGCGAAGGGGAGGCGAGUUUGAGGCCACGUAUGUAUCCGGCGACCAUUUCAGCUCAAUAUAUUGUAUAUCCGAAGCAUUUCAAGUCUAUAUUUUUGCAGUGCUGUAUAGAUAACUCGUUUUCAAACUUUUUCGACCAUUGCAACCACUAAGUUUUUACUGACUGAAAUAGUGUCGUUGCACAAGUGUGCACACACCCGUUUAUAGCAUUCACACUCAUGUUAAAUGGGAGUCAGCACACACAUGCCACUAUUUCUAAGUGCCCCAAAUGAGUUUCAGAUGUUCAAGUAGGCUUUUCCUGGCCUCUUUCGGUUGCCUUCAAGCAGCAGCUUUUAGGUUUUAUGCUAACACAGACUGCUGUUUCAAACUGUUCAUAAUUUCUUCGAUCUUGUCUACUGCCGCAGUUGCAGCUGAUUUGCGCCAAAUAAUUUUCAGAUGUUGUAGUAGGCUUUUUUGUCUUUUAUUUUUUUUGCUUUCCCAAAGAAGUCUUUGUUUCAUGCUAAAACUGAGUGCUACAUCAAACUGUUAGGAAUUCCUUUCAUCUUGACCAUGGCUUCAGUUCCAGCUUCCAGAUUUGUCCUAAAUGCAUUUCAGAUGAUCCAAAAGGCUUUUCAACAUCUUUUUUUUUUGUUUUCACGAAUAAGCCUGAAGGUUUUUGUUCUCACACUGACUGCUAUUUUUAACUUUUCAUAAUUCCUUCCAUCUUGACUGCAGCUUCGGUUCCAGUUAAUUUACCCUAAAUACAUUUCAGAUGUUCCAGCAGCAGGUUUUUCCGGACAUUUUUUGUGCUUUUUAGCAGAAGCCUCCAGGCAAUGUGGUGUUUUUUUUUUGGUGAUGAGCAGUGAACCAUUUGUUUCAGAAAUGUCUUUUUAGAAUUGCAGGAUGAAAAUUUCAACCUUGCUUUCAUUGGCCCAUAACACAUUUUCCCUGAGAGGUUUUGAAAAGAUUCAUCUUGGUCUCAAUUUUAUGGACAUUAAAA